AUGUCUCUGCACACCCGUUACACGCUCCACGUGGUUCUCUCCCAUACCCGUCAUAAUAUCACAGUGCUUCGCCAGGCUUGGGUAACCCUCCUCUCUCCUAUCCUAAGCAGGCCUAACUCCUCACACCCAUCGCGGCCCCCACAGCCGGCGGCGGGAGCGGCGGCGACGCCGGCGACGUCGACGGUAGGACGGAGGCCCCCGGCUCCCGGCCCGUUGCGCCGUUCCUACGCCCCCUCCCCCCUUUCCGCCCCCACCUCCUCCCACCCCCUCGUUCUCGCCGUCAUACCACCGGCCCCUCGCAGUGUUCUGACGGUGACAGACCCUACCUUGCCACCGCCGCCGCCGCCGCCUCCGCUUCCAACGCCGCGGGGGUCCGAUGGGGGAGAGUGA